GAGGAGGGUUUGUCCACGCCCAAUCUCCGACAGAUCCCACGUUGUCGUCGAAACACUUGUUUUUAUAAUAACAAUUGCAACACCAGAGGGACCAUCUUCCCUCAGUGCAGCAGUUGAAAUCACAAGAAAGAUGACGCCGGAAUACAAAGCCGCCAAAGAGGCCUCCGUCUCCCAUCUGGGCGGAGGUGGCAUCUGGGAGAUCAAUGCCAUCACAUUCGUCGCCCCGGCCGCAGCAGCACUAUGGGCCCUGCUCCAGGCCCGACAGAGCUUCUUCAAGCCAUACAGUCCCGCCGCCGCCGUGAUCGACUUUGCAUUGCAAUGCGGUGCCAUCCUCUUCGCGACCACGACCUACUCUUCCACGCCGCAGGUGCUGGUGGGACUGCUGCUCGUGCCCGCCAUCGCGACUUUCCUGCAGCCCGGUGCCAUGGUCAUCGCCUCAUCAUGGCCGGUCGAAGUUGACGCCGAUGGCGUCCCGAAGCCUGAAGAGCAAAAGGAUUUCCUGCCCGUCAAGCCAUUCAUCUCGUUCUAUCGGGGUGCAAUGAUGAUCGUCACCUGCGCCAGCAUCCUAGCCGUCGACUUCCCGGUCUUCCCUCGUCGCUUCGCCAAGACGGAAGCUUUCGGCACCUCGUUGAUGGAUCUCGGAGUCGGCUCCUUCGUGUUCGCCGCAGGUAUCGUUGCCGCUCGUCAGGUUAUUAAGCAGCAAAAUUCCAAGCCGCCUGGGUUGUUUGCACGGCUGAAGGCCGCCGCGCGUCAUUCCCUUCCCCUGGUCGUUCUGGGCUUUAUUCGACUGUGGAGUGUCAAAGGUCUGGAGUACGCCGAGCACGUCAGCGAAUACGGCGUGCACUGGAACUUCUUCUUCACGCUGGCACUCCUCUCACCCGCAGUCGCACUGCUCCAGCCGCUCCUCCGGGUCCUGCCCUCGUACAACAUUUUCGCUUUUGUACUCGCCAUCUGCUACGAACUCUACGUCUUCAUGACCCCCGGAAUGAAGGUCUACAUCUUCCUCUCGGAUCGCAUCCCCGGAGAUUGGCUCUCGCAAAAUCGUGAGGGAGUCUUUUCCUUCUUCGGCUACCUCGCCAUUUUCAUCGCCGGUCAAGGUAUCGGCAUCAACAUCCUCCCCCGAGACGAGCUCGAGGAGACCGUGCGAGCCCUCCCCAACCUCGAUGCCGACGGCCUCGACGACGACGAAGACUGGCUCGAGGAGAUGCUCGUCCAAGCCGGCGACACGCCUAAGGAACCAAAAGCCCCCAAGCCCGCCAGCGCCCCGUCCGCCCCACCGCCGGGCAUGCCGCAGCUCAAGCCCGAAUACCCCAAACAUGCGCUCGGCCGGCUCGCCUUCUGGAGCUUCCUCUGGUUCGUCUUCGCCACCUGGGCGAUGUGGCACUACGGCCCGCGCAUGGUCGCGUCGCGCCGCAGCGCCAACCUCGCCUACGUCUGCUGGGUGUGCGCGUUCAACUGCGCGCAGCUGCUCUGCUUCUGCUUCAUCGAGUUCACCAUGUUCCCGGGCCUCUACGUCGCGCGGACCAAGGCCGUCGAGCGCAUGCGCAUCCGCGACGCGACCAGCCGCGUCAUGCACGCCUACAACCGCAACGGCCUGGCCAUCUUCCUGCUGGCGAAUCUGUUGACCGGCGCGAUCAACAUCGCCAUCCCGACCCUCUACCUCGGCGAUGUGGAGAGCAUGACGAUUCUGGUGGGCUACAUGGGCAUCCUUACGGCGGUGGCGCUGGGGUUGGAUCACUUUGAUAUCUCCAUCAAGUUGUAGAUGUAAUGCGUGUGAGAUCUAGGAGAGGGGGACUUCCCGGUGGAGCGGAGCUUCUUGAACAAUAUCCCUUCUCCCACUCAUGCAGCGAGAGGAGAGAGAGAUAGAUAGAGAGACAAGGAGCAGGCUGGGGACGGACAAAAUUCGUGAACGC